AUGUUUACCGAUCAUACUCCAAAGAGCACCAAAAUAGAGAACAAUAACGAUGAUCAUACGCGCUGGUUCUAUAUACAGCAUAAAGCAUCCAAUAAAGUCAUUGCUGUCAACAAAGAAGAGCAAGAACCAUUACGAUCUCAAGCCCUUGUUAGAGAAAUUGAAUACAAUGACUACGAGUUGUGGACGUGGGAUGAACAUUACUUGAAAAAUAAGAAAACAGGACUCGUGCUUGACAUACGCAAAGGCAUAUUACGGUUAAUAGAAGACACGGAUAUUUGUUUAUUUCACAAAAAGCCAAUAGACAAUGCACAAAAUCAAUUAUGGGCUGUCAAACAAAAGCAAGAAAACGCAUCUAUCGAGUAUCAGCAUCCACUGGUUCGACCAUCGUCAAACAACUCAAUCUCUUCUGCUGGUGGUGGUGGUGGUGGUGGUGGUGGUAGUGGUGGCCUUAUGAUCCAUCCUUUAGGCAAUAGUGAUUGGGUAUUAGACGUAGACUCAGAUGAAAGAAAGUUAAUUUUAUUCCCCUACGACUAUAAUCAAACUUUAAGACGACAGACUUGGGAAUUUAUACCUGAAAACGACAUAUCCGUCUUAGCCGCGACGACUUCUUUAUUUCAAGAAGAAGCCAUGAUAGAUGACCUAUCAUUAUCAGCGGAAGAAUAUAUCUAUUCCACAGCAAGUCUUAGCAGUCGUGGUCGUCCUCAAAACAUGCGCAACAGCAACAGUUCGGGUUCCAUCUCUUCCAUCUCGACCUGUGACUCAUCCAUUACGAGUAGCAAUGGCUUUGCUCACGGUCUGACACCUGCUAAAAGGACCUCAAACACACCAUUGCCCCUGCACAUUACAAACAGGAAAAGAAGUAUAGCGGGUGUUUUUUGA